GAAAGUGAAGAUGUCUUCAUCUUGUUUAAUAUUUUUUGUCUCAAACUCAAUCUUUCUUUUAUCUUUAUUUUCAUUGACAAUUCAUGCCCAUCGUUGCACUGAGAAUUUCUUAUCUGAAACCCUUAGUAGAAAUCUAACAUUAUGCAAGAGAUACAAACAUAGGAAUGGAGUUGAAUUUGGAUGGAAAGUCGAAAACACGACGACUCAAACUCUCCAGGUAAUGGUGGGAGCAAGAUUAGAUGGUGAAACAGGAUGGUUAGCUUGGGGUUUGAACUUAGGACCAGAACCAAGAAUGGUAGGGACUCAAGCACUUAUUGGCAUCAAACAAACAAAUGGUUCAUUUCUUGGUAACACAUACAAUGUCACACAAUAUAUUAAAAUAGGGUGCAAUCUUUUACCAACUCCAAUUGAUUUAAAUGUAAGCAAUUUGACAUUUGGUUUUCUUGGACAUAUUCAAUAUCACAUUAUAGAAGCCACUAUAUAUCUUCCUCAAACAGUUGAUAUUUCAAGAAUUAAUCAUGUUUGGCAAGUUGGAAUAGUUGCAAUUGGAAUGGAACCCAAAUUUCAUGAAAAAACACUCAAAAAUUAUGAUAGCACAGAGAUCAUUGAUUUGCAGACUGGCACAUCUCUAAGUAUUAGAUCUGCUAGACGCCAUCAAGCAAGAGUUGCUCAUGGAAUACUUAGCAUUAUAGGUUGGGGUGUAAUAUUGCCUAUUGGGGUGAUAAUAGCUAGGUAUUUCAAAAAGGGACCAAUACAUUGGAAUGAACAUGAUCAAUGGAAACAUGCUCAUAAGGCAUGCCAAGCAUGUGGAUAUAUUUUUGGUGCAACUGGUUGGGCAAUUGGCCUUUGGCUUGGAAAUUAUUCCAAAUAUUACUCUUUUCCCAAACAUGGAGCUUAUGGUAUUUCCAUCUUCACAUUUGCCACCCUACAAACAUUGGCACUAAGAUUAAAGCCCCACAAGAAUGAUGAACUUCACACAUAUUGGAGUAUAUAUCAUCUUUCUCUUGGCUAUGCAUUGUUGAUUGUGAUUUGUGUCAACAUAUUCAAAGGCAUCAAAAUAUUGCAAGAAGAAGAGACAUGGAAACCUACCUACAUUGCUAUUAUUUCUUCUAUUGCUUUCAUCUUCUUUGUCUUUGAAAUUACCAAUUGGAUCAAAUUCAAAGUUGAUCAAUUGAAAAGCAAAGAAGAGUUGUCCAAACAAAUACACUAG